UGCAAAAAAAAAUUUACUUAAGCUGCCCGGGGUCGCAGAGGCGAGUCAGCGGCGGAACCGGAUAUAAACCCAGGGGGCUGACUCCAGGCCCCCCUCCGAGCCACUGGGCUUCGCCACAAUACAGGAGUCAUCUGCAUACAAAUGGUGAUUGAUAAGAGGACCCGAAUAAUUUGUUUCCACCCAAAGUGGGGCUUUUUUUGGUGUGUGUGUGGUGGGGAGGUUGCCCCUAAUAGUUGCGCUGGGAAAACGGGGGUAAGCCAGAACCGUGUGGGGCCAACUGAGAAGUAUGAUCAGCGUAUUGACUGAUGCCGUGAGCGUGGAUGGAUUUAGCCCGGCAAAGAAGGUUGAAGAAAGGAAGAAAGGAGCCGAUUAGUGGGUCCUGAGAGAGACCAACAGUUGGGGAAUUGCCCAGAAAGAGCAACUCACACAGGAUCGUGGGGGAGGUGAGCCGGGAGACAAGGAUGUCAGGCUCGGGCAGUUUUCCGAAGGGAGUUACCCGGGGCGCCCCGGCCCCGACGAGCUGGGAAUGCGGCCGGGGUGAUAAGGCCCACGAGGUGGCCAUUGACAGGGGCGGCCGGGAAAUCACUGGUGAUUUCCUGACCAAGAUUUCUCCCGUUUGGUGGAGUUGGAAGCCGCAUUAAAGUAAGAGUCGUGAGUGGGAGGUGAGGACUCAGCCACAGGGCAGCGCAAACAGCUCUUGUUGAAAGUGGCCUUGAAGGGGAAGCCAAAGAUAGGACUGUCCUGGAGGUGGAGUCAAAGAAGUUUCCUUUCUUUUUUAAAGCAAGAAACUAGAAUGUGUUUAGUGCUUAAAGGAAGGAACCAGCCAAAGGAGAGUGAAGAAAAAGUAGAAUGCAUAAUUAUCCCCUCUCCAGGGGACAUUCUGGAGCAAAGUUCCUGAGGAGGUGGAAGGGCGAGCCACCUGAGCUGAGGAGUUACCUUUUCAGGCGAGGAGCAAUCUGAAGACCUGCCGCACGUAAAGGAAAGACCUAGGCCGCGCGCCCUGGGCGUCAUGGUCCACCUGCAGGCCUCUGAAGUGCAGCAGCUGCUCCACAACAAGUUCGUGGUCAUCCUGGGAGACUCGGUCCAGAGGGCCGUGUACAAGGACCUGGUGCUCCUGCUGCAGAAGGACUGCCUGCUCACUACCACCCAGCUCAAGGCCAAGGGGGAGGAGACCUUCGAAAAGGACGAGCUGGUGGACGGAGGCCAGAUGGGCCCCAUGCACAAUGGCAUCCAGUACCGGGAGGUCCGCCAGUUCUGCGACGACCACCACCUGGUGCGCUUCUACUUCCUCACGCGCGUGUACUCCCCCUACCUGGAGGCCAUCCUGCAAGAGCUGCAGGCCAGCGAGCACGGCCUCCCGGAUGUGAUCAUCAUGAACUCCUGCCUCUGGGACCUCUCCAGGUACGGCCCGGGCUCCUGGCAGAGCUACCUGAAGAACCUGGAGAGCGUGUUCGGGCUCCUGGGCCAGGUGCUGCCCGAGUCGUGCCUCCUGGUGUGGAACACGGCCAUGCCCGUGGGCAAGCAGAUCACCGCGGGCUUCCUGCAGCACAAGCAGCAGCCCGGGGAUGACUCCCUGAGAGGCCGAGUCAUCGAAGCCAACUUCUACAGCUCUACCGAGGCCAAGAAACACGGCUUCGACGUGCUGGACUUGCACUUCCACUUCCGCCACGCGGAGCAGCACCUGCAGCGCGACGGCGUGCACUGGGACGAGCGCGCGCACCGCCACCUCUCGCAGCUGCUGCUGGCGCACGUGGCGGACGCCUGGGGCGUGGAGCUGCCGCGGCGCGCCCGCGUGGCCACGUGGAUCAGGGAAGGACCCGGCGCGGCGGGUGAGAGGCCGCGGCAGCCCAGCAGAGACGCGCGGGCCUGGCCGCCUCGCAGGGGCAGCCCCCUCCUCCCGAGUCCCCCUCUGCCCCCGCCCCCGCCUCCCCGCCUGCCCUUGCCCGCACAGCCUCGUCCCUUUCCUUUUCAGCAGGUGAUGCCGCGGGUCCUGUUCUGUCCCCAAGAUGCGUAUUUUUCCUCAGACCAGCCUUCCCAGUCGGAUCAGUUCUCCUCCAACUAUUUCCAUUCAGAUGUCCCCCCCCCCGCCCAGACAGGAUCUGCCCUUGAAGAUGACUUUAUGAUGGACCCUCAGCCAUCCGUGCUCCCUUUCGCCAUGCCCCAUCUGCGGCGAGCCCCGGUGGUCCAUAGGGGUUUCCCCCGGCACUCGCCUCGCGGCCCCUACGGGCCCUGGGGCCGGCGGCCGAGAUCUCCCAGGAGACCGGCCCAUUCCCGCCCACAGCCAAGGCCUCAAUAGACCCCCCUCCUGUUCGUGGACUGGACGGAUCCUCUGACUCUCCCGAAACCGACUGGCCUUGUUAACUUAAGCCUUUGAUCGUGCUCGGACUUCUUUUCGGUCACUGCUGUCACCGAUAAUGGCAGGGAAGGGCAGUCCCCUCCAUUUUUGUCGGCUCUGGCCUCUUCCUCUAUUCUCUGGGGGUGACCAAGCAUUUUUCCCGCCUCCCCACCCCCUAUCCUGUCUUUUUUGUAAACAGAAAAUGGAAAUAAAGAAGUUGUUUCAGGAAAGUAGUUGUGGGGUUUGGGUGUGUCUAUUUAAUGGUGCCUCUCCCUUCCAUUAAGAAGACAAAACAAGGACAGUAUCUGCUGACCGUUUAUGGCAUCUACUUGAUAAACUACUCGAAGUGGAAUUUGGCUAACAUCGUUCUGAAGUUCUCCAUAAGAUGGACCUGAGUCCUUACCAAUAAACAGAAGAGCUUUAACUUUUUGUGAUCAUAUUUUCCAGAGAUUCUCAAAGAGUCAUCGAAUUUUAAAACUGGGAAAGCUAAAUAAAUAAUAUUUAACCGACACAAACAAGGAAACAAGCUAAGAGAGGUGAGUGACUUGUCCUAGGUCACACACAAAAAUCCCUCUUCCACUAGUCUUUCCUAGUUUUCCUAGUUUCUGACUAACAUGAACUUUCAAACCAGGGGGACUGAUGGCUACCACAGCAAUGUCACACCAAGAAGGAGCGUUUACCAAACAUGGUCUUUCUAUGAAAAUGGUGGUGAAAACAGCUAUCUAUAGCUCCGUAACUCCAGAAGCUCACUGGUUAGAUGCACAAUGUAUGUAGAGUGCACGGCAUGCUUGUGAUUUUGUGAUUUCUUGGAAUAGUCUUGAGUUUUGUACUUGAGAAAAUUAGAAAAAAGUAAGUUGCACUCAAUGAUGGUGUCUAUCACCAUUACAGAAUGAAACUACUGGUCAGAAGGGACCACCCAGGGCACAGCUCUGACAGACGGCCAUGACCAUCUCUUUGCUGUUUUAUGGAAAUGUGAACAUCAGGAAGACUUUAUAUGCUAGGGUCUUUAUCACCCUAGACUCGUGAAAUGUUAAUACUUGUAUAAAAUUGUCAAAACAGGACCUGACUAACGUCUGAAUGGUAGAUUAUUUCAUUGGAUUGAUUUAACUGGUUUGUAAGUCCUCAACUGGACCAUUCCUGAAGUUGACAGUAAGUGUCAGGAAAUGUUAUCCUGUAAAAAAAUGAAAGUCAUGAAAUCACAAAAAAAUAGAUGAGAUCAGCUCUCUAUCGGAGAAAUACACAGCAGCUUUUAAUCUACUAAAAAGCCAUAAAAUUUGUGAAGAAUAAGACCGUCUUACUUAACUUUGUGUCUCAUAUCCUACUGCAAUGUAUAGCAUUUAGUACUGAAUAAUGUUUCUUGAAUGAAUCUGAGUGAAUGAAGAGUUCUUGGUGACAUUGUGACCCAAGUAUCUGAGGAGAUACUAUAUAUACAUGGACGUUGAGUCAUUGUAGCAUAUCUAAAGGAAUAUUGCUGAAACAGCUGGAUGACAACCAUCAAGGACUCAAGAAAGGUGGUACCUGCAAGGCAGAAUUUGCCAGAACGUCCCAGCAAAGUCAGGAGAGAGAGCACCUGUCUAACUAAUGUCAAUGUUCUAAUCCCAGGUAGGAGGUGAAUGCACCAGGCUAUGAGAUUUGGUAACAUCAGCCCUCAAGAUAAACCCGUUGCCUCAUUCUGACUUUACGCUUCCCAAGCAAGACAAAGCAGUGCUUAGGGGCUGAUCUGAGUAAGCAGACUCUAGUAUUUAUAUUUUCAUGA